AUGGAAGUGCUCAAGCCAAAUGGGACAAGAUGUCCAUACAAGUACUGCUCCAAUACGCUCUCGCGCGUCUACAGCCAAGAUAUGGACCAGAUCUUGUCGGCAGGGCGCAACCUGCCAGGCGUCGACAAGAUGCAGCAUUGUGGCCCAGACGAGGCUCGUUACCUCUGGAAGUGUCCUCGAUGUCGGGAUAUGUGCGCAUGUUCUAUUUGUCGCAAGAAGAAGGGAUUGGAGCCAUUAGGUUUUGUACGGCCGGCGAAGCCCAAAGCCUCGACAUCGAAUGUUGGGUCGAAGAAGGAGAAAGUGACGCCAUCGUCUGGUGGGCGAAGCCCGUCACAGGAUUUAAUCAGGACGAUGAAGAAGGACAAUGUCUCGCCUCGGAGGCGCCCAGAGCCUUCGAUGAAGCAGCGCAUGCUCCUCCAGCACCUGAAGCCUCCCGCAGUGGCCGAGGCACCAGAACUUGAAAAGAUCGAGACCCGCCUACCUGCCGCAAAUAUUCUCGAGAGGCUCUGGCUGUACGAAACGCUGGUCCGCUUCGAUCUGCUCAAGAUUCCGGCGAGAGUGCUGGGCAACCUGGAUAACUUGGACCAUUGGACCGAGAGCAUGCUCCAAACGAUCUUUGAGCGGCUCGUCCAAAGUCUCGCAGGCAUCAAAAAUCUCAAGGCCACGUCGGCAAAUUCGGCAACGCUCAAACGAAGCUAUCGACCGCUGGUAGAAGCCUGCAGCCAGCACCUAGGACGCAUAGAUCGGGGCGAGCAUUGGGCAGCGGCGAGGGCAUUGUUGGAAACGAAGCUCGUCCGCAUUCCCGAGCUGGUUGAUGUCGAGAUUGCGGCGCAUCAAAGGGCUAACGACCGUACCUCCACCCCCGUAGGAGCGACGACAGACACACUACUGAGCGGUCGUGCCACGAGGAGCAGGAGAUUGGCAGAGAUGAGCGCGCUCGAGAAGGUUAGGGAGAUGAGCAGAAGGGAGCACCAGCAAGCACAAGGAAGCGAAUCGUCAGAUGAAGGAGAGGAUGGAGAUGGAAGUUCGAGCGAGGCAAGCUGGACAGGGAUAAAGGGCAGGCAAAGAGCUCGAACCAGAGCCAAAGCCGGUAGAGGCAGACGCUACCGGCAGGAGCCCUCGUCGUCGCCAUCGUCAAGUGCAAAUGGAAGCGAUGAAGAGGUCAUGAGCGAAUUGAGCGAAUUGAGCGAUCCUAGCGAUGAGGAAACGAUCGAUCAGGACAACGCAAGACCUACAAGGCCGUCAAGAGAGAGCAGAAGCAACGGUCGCAAGACAGAGAAAGAGGCACCACGUCGAUCUUCGAGGCACAUUGCGAAGGCAGCAAGCUCGAAUGAAAGCGACGAGGAAGACGGUGAUAUUGAGAUGAGGACAAGGGCCACUAAGAGGGACAGUGGCAGUGAACGCGACGAAGUGCCAGAAGCGAGCCGGACGGAAAAGAAAGACGAGGAGGAGGAACGCCCGCUCGAGCCACCUAGCUUCGAGACAAGGGUUGCCAUUCUCUCGGCCCUCGUGGAUCUGCUAGUGCAGACUUCGACCGAGAUCGGCCACGAGCUCGCGGAAGGCAUCAAGAUGGCCGCGCUGCUCGAAAAGCAAGGCAGAGAUGAGGUCAAGGAACUGACGAAAGCGCACGACGACGAAAUGAAAGCCCUGAAUCAACGUGCGCCCAGCAUGUCCAAGAAAAAUGAGUAUACAACGUGGAAGCACGAGCGUGCUGAGCUCGAACGGCGGCAACGGUACGAGAUGCUGGAUUGCCAAGUUCACACGCAGCUCCUCGUCGAACCUCACAAGCUAAGGACAGGACCAAUGGGAACGGAUGCCGACGGCAACGUGUACUGGCAGCUAUCCGAGUACACUGAGAACAUGCCGAAGGACACGCAGGGCAAGUGGGCUUGGUCUCUCCUCAUCCUGGGAAAUGCGAAUUUGUGUGCACGCAAGGAGGAUCAAAGCCUUUCUUCCGAAGCGGCGGAAAGGGAGACCGGAGCCGCUGCAGAGGUCCAACAUCUUUCGAACGAGAUGAAGUCGCCAGAGGGUGAAGUCGCCAGGGUCUCAUGUGAAGUCCCUCGGGUCGCCCAUGAGAAGAUUUGGAUGGGAAGCAAUACUCCAGAAGGUAUUGAGCAGCUCAUGAAAUAUCUCAAGUAUCGGCUUGCACUCAAGGAGCAUGACGAGCACGUUGCCGAUGCGAAAAAGGACAUGGUCGCAGCGGUUGAUGUUUCCGGCGAACUCGCGACACCACCGCCACCUCCCACGAAGGCCGAGCAAGCGUUGAGGAGAGCACAGAGGCGGCAGCUCAGAGAGGACCAAGCGAUUAGACGGGAGCAGGUCGAGAGUCUCCUAAAGAGGCUCGAAUUUGCUCGGGAUUAUUACGUGAGUGAAGAUUUUCCGUUCAUGGGAAGCAGCGGCGCUGUUCUGAACCAUCUUUUCCACCGUAAAGAGAUGGCACCUACGCCAAGAAGAGUAGAGGAUUCGUCUCUUUCAGACUUGUUUGCUGACGAGAUCCGCUGCACGCAGCCUGUCAGAUCAGCCCUGCAUGCCAAUCCAUCCUUUGUUUGA